CUUUCUGAAUAGACGACAAAGCACUUUUAUGCUCCCACAGCAAGAAUGGGACCACAAGAGAAGUGCCCGUGGAUCACAGUCCUCAGGCACGAGUGUGAUGGUGGACAUUGCAGUGAUGGGUGAAGCACAUGGACUGAUCUCAGACUUGCUGGCUGACCCUUCACUGCCCCCAAACACCUGCAGCUCACUGCGGGCCGUCAGUAACUUGCUCAGUACCCAGCUCACUUUUCAGCCCCUCCACCACCGGCCACGCCUCAGCCCCCUGCUGGCCUUCAGUGAUGGACACACCUGCUCUGACUCUGAAGAGACUCCUGAGAAGAGUGAGAGACUGGCCAUCCCUAAGCGCUUACGGCGGAGUUUGCCUCCUGGGCUUCUGCGACGCAUUUCCUCUUCAUGGACGACUACCACCUCUGCCACGGGGCUUCCCACCAUUGAGCCUGGCCCCGUGAGGCGAGACCACAGUGCCAGCAUCAAACCCGUCCAUGACAGUCCCUCCAGCAGUAUGGUGAAUGAUUCCAGGAACAGCUCUGUCUUGCUCGCUGUCUCCAAAUCUAGGUCCAUGUCUGCCUCCUUCGCCACCUCGGCCCCCAACUACCUCUACAGCAAAGGCAGGCGAGGCUACCCUCCCUUUAGCAUCUCGCCCAUGGUCUCCCCGUGUCACUCGCCUCCAGUCCAGGGAACCCCAGUCAACAGCCCCACCACUAAAGCCCCCUCAGUGGACCUGCCUGACCCUCGAGCACUUCAGGGCAACUGCCCCUCACCACGGACCCCUCACCGAGCCUUAACCCACAGUCAAAGCGCACCUUCUUCCAGCACCACACAUUGGAUACCCCCACCCCUCUGUAGCAGCUGCGGAAGGCCGUAUAGCAAAAUGUGGCAUGGGGAGGGCUCUACAGACAAAGGUGACAAAACACAACCGUCAGAUGAUCUGGUGUUGGCGUCUUCUGACUAUGACAGCACCUAUGAGACCAAUCACAGUGACAGCAGCGAUUUUGCACAGAAUGAGGAGGAUGGAGAGGCUCAAAGAAAGCCGUAUGACACGCAAGACUCGUGCGGAACAUUCCAAGCAGAGGCUUUGGUUCUGCACCCCUUAAUACCACCAGAGGAUAAGCCCAUUCUGGCCCCCGAACCACUGAUGAUGGAGGGUCUGGAGGGUCUUAUGAGUCAGAUCAACAAUUGGAAUUUCCCAAUUUUUAACCUGGUGGAGAAAACGUAUGGCAAGUGCGGUCGCAUCUUAAGUCAGGUCUCUUACAGGCUGUUUGAAGAUACUGGUCUCUUUGAAACCUUCAAGAUUCCAGUGAGGGAAUUUAUGAAUUACUUCCAUGCCUUGGAAAAUGGUUACAGGGACAUCCCAUAUCAUAACAGGAUCCAUGCUACAGACGUCCUUCAUGCCGUUUGGUAUCUAACCACGCAGGCUGUGCCUGGCUUGCCUACACUGGGCCACAACUCUGGAUCAGUCAGUGAGUCAGACUCUGUCAGUGGGAUUACUCAUGGUCACAUGGGUUACGUGUUCUCUAAAACCUACCCACAAAUGGAGGAUGGCUAUGGCUGUCUCUCAGGGCUCAUUCCUGCCCUGGAGCUGAUGGCCCUGUAUGUGGCAGCAGCCAUGCAUGAUUAUGACCAUCCUGGUAGAACCAAUGCCUUCCUGGUGGCUACCAGUGCUCCGCAGGCGGUGCUGUACAAUGACCGUUCAGUUCUGGAGAAUCACCAUGCUGCCUCUGCCUGGAAUCUCUUCAUGUCUCGGUCUGAGUACAACUUCCUGGCCAACCUGGACCACGUAGAGUUCAAGCGCUUCCGUUUUCUGGUGAUUGAAGCCAUCCUGGCCACAGACCUGAAGAAGCACUUUGACUUUUUGGCAGAAUUCAACGCUAAGGUGGGGCAUGAAGGUUGCUCAGGUAUCGACUGGUCAAACGAGAAUGACCGACUCCUGGUGUGCCAGAUGUGUAUCAAGCUAGCGGACAUUAAUGGGCCACUGAAGCACAAAGAUCUUCAUCUUCAAUGGACGGAGGGCAUUGUGAAUGAAUUCUAUGAACAGGGUGAUGAGGAGGCCAGUCUGGGAUUACCCAUCAGCCCCUUCAUGGAUCGCUCAGCACCUCAACUGGCCAAGUUGCAAGAGUCCUUCAUUACGCACAUCGUUGGACCACUCUGCAGCUCCUAUGACACAGCAGCCCUCAUGCCAGGCCGGUGGGUGGAGCAUUUGCAUGAUGAGGCUGAAGAAGGAACUGGUGUGGAGGAAACUGACGAGGAAGAUGAGGAUACAACUGAGGAAGAUGCCUCCACCAGUUCGGAGCAGUCUCAGAAAUUGAUGCCCAAAAAGCGACGAAAGGUCUUCUGUCAGAUCAUGCAGCACCUUUUGGAGAACCAUGACAUGUGGAAGAAGGUGAUUGCUGAGGAGGCCCAAAGCCAAACAGAGGAGAAAGAGUCCUCGUGCCUCAACAAUGCCUCUGAGCCUAUUCUGGCCAUUCAUGAAGAGGAAGAGGAGACAGGAAGCAAGGAGGAGCUGGCGGAUGACAAGGAGGAAGAUACAGAAGGAGAGGAGGAGAUGGGGCCAACAGAAGAGGAGCAAAUAGAGGAACAGACUAAAGAGACUGACGAGACAAUAGAGCACGAGACACUGGUCAGAAAAGACCAGGAGACUGUAAAUCAAGACACAGAAACUGUAGAAAAAGUGGGAGAGGCAAUGCAGGAAUGGGAUGAGACUUCAGAUGAACAGAGCAAGGGAGAUUGAGGGUGAGAGAGAGACUUAUAGUCUGUUAGAGUUGAGAGAAUUGACAGAAUGCUUUUGUUUCCAAACAAGACUCCUGAUUAAUGGUUGCCAGCACAUCACUUAGACACAACACUGUAGAUGCUUUAGGGGAACAUGUGCCUAAAGGAAACAGGGUGGGAGAGAUCUGAGUGUCUUGGGAUGGGGUUUACUUCACCAGGUCCAAAACAGUAGGGGGUGGUACUAAAGGUCAGGGCAUAGAACAGCAUGAAAUUUCAUAUAUAAAUGCUUAUAAAUAUAUAGAAUUUUUUUUACAUAUUACCUUGAUCAGGUUUUUUUUGGUGGUGCCCACACUGCAACUUAGUGCUGAAGUGCCACUUAACCUCCAUGACAGGGGUCUCAGUGACCUGCACUUUAGGCCAUUCAUUUCAAUGAGCAUUUUCUGAAGAGCCUGGUAUCAAAUUGAGGAAGAUGGAUACUAGGAUGGCGAGAAGAAGUCCAACACCUUUUCUUUUAGUUGCCACUUGUUUGUCUGUGGAGGUAGGUAGCACAUUCCCCCGAGUUGGCCACCUGCAAUGCCACAAUAGUGAAUGUUCCAAGAGGGUGUGCUUGCUGCAUUUUACACUGCUUUAUUUUGAAUUGCCAGUUGGCUUUUGUUUCUUGGUACCUUUUCCUUAGUUUCUGACCUGAGUCCUGUUCCUCAGGAGAAAUGACAUUGUAAAUAUUGUGUAACCUUUUGCUCUUUUUGUUUUCUGCCAGUGCACAAUGGUGGGGUGAAAGGAAAUUGCUUGUUUUUAUGUGCUAAACUGAUUUCUUCAAAGACCUCACUAUUUUCUACAGGGAAAUGUCUCACAAGAUAGUUUAAUACACACAAUUCUAUUCAUAGCACCUUGAAAUUUAUGGUUCUACUUCCCAGCUCUUUUUCAAUUACAUGUGUAUGAUUCUUAAGUGAUGGAUGCAGUCUAACUGCCCGUUCUAAGUGCUCGUUCAUGGACAAGCUAAUGUCUGAACUGAUCCCACUCCGUUCCAGAGCAUGUCUUCAAUCCAACACUCUUAUUUGACUAGCGCUUUUCUAACUGUAGAAUCUUAGUCAUUGUAAAGGUGCUUCUAAAUACUGGUAUAGUUCUUCUUUUCUCACACAUGUGGUACAUAUGCACCAAGACAUUACUCGUAACCAUCUCUAAUGACUUAUGGUAAUCAAAAACAAAAAAUGUGACGAGAUGUGCCUGGAGGCCAAAGAGCAAGUGAAGAGCUCUCACAGUCCCUGCAGUCGUACACUCUUUUUAAACAAGGAGGACCACUCAUGCUCCAGCUGUCCAAGUAGCAGCCAUGUCCUAGAGGCAGUCUAGUCAUGCACACAGGCAUGUGAGCAGCUAAGAGAUGCCAAAUACAGCACCCCAUGGGAGCUGCACACGCUUGAGACAUGGAGCCAUGCACCACAAAGAGCCACAGCACCGUUAUGUGCUGCUUAUACUGUCUUUGAUGUGCAAGGAGAGGCAGAUUGGUUCUGAAUGCAGAACAGGGAGAGGUAACAUGUCUUCUACAGGCCUUAUCAGCCCGUGCCCGAUACUGCCGCAGCAUAACUUUGAAGAGAAGCCAAUUAAAAAUGUGGGAUUGGGAGGUGGGAAUUGGGCAUUAGUCAUAUAUGUCAGUUCAGUCCAGCGUUCACUCUUUUUUUGAAAUCUCGACUUCAUUUGCAGUUCAGUGUAGGCCUCAGUAGCAGCGGCCAGCACAGCAGAAUCCAAAAGAAUCCUAUGAAUUAUUCAAGCAAUACUGACACGUUCUGUAGACUGAUGGUGUUUUUUAUGAAUGCUAUCAUAUUCUGAAGUAGGUCACAGCUUUUUUUUUUUAUUAUUUCUAUACUUUAUUUUUUUUUCCUAACACCAUGCUGUUAUGUGUGCCAUAUAUGACUUCAAAAUGUUUCUAUAAUUUCAUUCAAAGUAUGCAGCAGUGGAACUGUCAGAACGUCGGCUACAUUUUGUAGGCUUUAAAUGGGUCAUGUUUUUAUUUGCUUUGUUUUGGAGGAACUUAAUGUUGGGAAAUGGAAAACUAUGACAGUUAAGUCAGCGAUGGCCUACUGAACAGUCGUGGUUCAAACAAUACAUCUGUGUGUGUGUGUGUGUGUGUAUAUGUGUGUGUGUGUGUGUGUGUGUGUGUGUGUGUGUGUGUGAGAGAGAACAUUAAAAAUAGUAAGCCGUAACAAUUAACCAUAGCUUUGAGAAACAGGGCCUUCUUGUUUUAAGUAGACAAGCAAGAAGCCAUGUGUUUCUUAAGCCUGUUCAGUAGAAUCAGUGCCUGUUUCACGUAUGCUUAUGCUUUAACCUAUGCUACCCCUAAACCUUCACCCCAUUCCCCCCAAUUCAGUGUCUGAGAUGUAAACAAAGUCAUUCAGAGUGUUAUGAUGUGAAAUGGUUCAUUGUAGAGACUUACUGACUUGAUUUUUUACAGUGGUGGUGAUAGUAAACAGGGGUCACUAUGACCCUAUGUCUACAGCACAAAUAUAGCCAUUUGUGACUAUCCAAAACCACCAGCUACAACUACAUGUGUCUUCUGAGUUUUUUAUCUGUAAUAUUGACUAUGAUACAAUUGUGGUAAAUUAAAAAAAUAAGUUUUCUUUGUGGACUAUUUUGCCACAUAACACUGUGCAUGUACCUCUCCACCAUGAAUGGAUUUUAAAAAUAUAUUUGAAGCCUACAAUUGAAAAACAAUGUCUCAGGCAUCAGGAAGUGUGUUUGGAACAGUUUCCAUUUCUUUGUAGCAUUUUGAGGAUUCACAUCAAACCACUCUGAAUUACUUUGUUUACACCGUAACAAUAUAAUUAUGCAGAAAAAAAAAGAAAUCAGAAACAUGAGUGGAAUUCCUCCUUAACAUAAUAGCCAAAGCCCCUCUUUUCCAUUGUAUAUCCACCACUUUGUAUUAGAGCAUCAAAAGAAACUUGACAGAACUGGGGAAUUAGACAGUUUAAUAGGCUGCUGAAAAAAGUCUGGCCACAACAUUUUAAUCCAUGGCUUCCUCAUGUGAUUAGACAGAGAUAGAUAGUGUUGUGUGUUUUUGUUGCCAUCACACAGCUGUGUUGUACUGCAUGCAUCUCUCUUUCUGAUGGCCCUCAUCCCACUGUUUGGCCUUCAGUUUAAUCAGAACAGUCAAGCUUCUCUCUUGUAUUUUUGUUCUGUCGUUAUGUGCAUCAUACGGAACAUCCUGGCACAUUUCUUUCUGAUUUGCUGUAUUUUUGCUUGCUUUAAUCGUUCUGCGGCUAAGUGUACAUUCCACAACACGUACAUUGGGGGGAAUGGCAUUUCAGGGUGUUUUGUAGCCUCCAAGCCUACUGUAUUGUUGGAAUAUCUCCAUGUGUGUUCCAGAGAUGUGCAAUAGUUCGCUCACUCAGGCACUGGGGUAAAAUUAAACAAAUGCGCCACAUUCAUCCAUCAGGACCUCUUUGCAUUCCAAGUCACAACAGUCAGUUUGGGUAGAGAGGCAUUGUCAGGCGCAUCAUCAGAGUUGUAGAACAUAGGAAACAUAAGAAUACGCCUUUUACAAAAAGUAUAGUUCUUCCUUCAUUGUCAUUCUUAAUCUAUAUUUUCUUCAUAUUCCUGUUCCUAGCUGGUUUGGCCUAUGUCACUCUGUAGCUAUUGCCAGCCCGUAUGUCUUAACCUAUAUGCAUCUGCUAACUGUAGUCACUGGGCACUCUUUUCUUUCACCAAAAGUAACAAACAAGCUUUACACCUCUCUCAAAAUGAGAAAUGAGACUUGUACUUUUUUAUAUGUAGUGGGCACCUCACUGACUAAAUAAUUAUUUUUCUUCUCACUAGUAUGUUGCACUUAAUACAUGUAGCAAUACCUAUAGAAAAGGGAGCUGUGUAAUUCACCAGUAUUCGUUAAGUGAAAUACUCAUUUUAUUGCUGGUUAUGGUUCCAUUUUGUACAAAACAAUAUGCUGUACAGGUAUAAAGGGAGGAGGCCGAAAAGGAAAAAAAUGACAAAUGUCUUUUGGAUAAACUUUAUUUAUUUUUACUGUUUUGUAAUUUAGACACUAAACUGUAGCUCCUUCUAUGGCCAGAAAUGCUGGAAGUGCCUCUUGGUAUAAUGUAUUAUACAGUAAAUAUAUAUUAUUAGAACUUGUCACAAGCUGAAAUUGUGGAUGUUGUAAUGUGAAUACAGUUUAAUAAUGUGUUAAAUGCUGUG